UGUAUUUAUGCUUCUGAAAUGUCCAUUCCAUGCCUCUACUACAAAAGCAAAUCUAAUGUGAACCAUUUCAGACAACCACAAAACAAAUUGGAUGUGGAAUUUUCAGUCAUAUCUUGCUAACAACGUGUACAUCCUGAUGGUAAGAAGCCCUAAGGUGACCAUAUCUAUUUACAGUACUUACAGAAUAGAAAACUUUAUGUGGUUUGGGAAAAAUUGGCUCACCAUAGCAUAGACAAUGAAGAUACUUUGUAACACCACAAUUUGUUCUGAAUGCUUCAGUGUUACUUUCGUGUAGUUUUGCUUAAGUUUAUUUAUUCUUAACUGUUUUGAAGAACAAGAAGGCAUGGAUACUAAACUUAUGUGGGGACAAAGCCUAGUAUUUCCUUCAAAGCUGGCUUUUGACAUCACAGGUGCAAAGGGCAAGAAUAAUAUGUUUCCCCCCACACUUUGGACGUGUUUCUCCCUACUGCUAUUACCAACAACCAUAAUCAGGAAAAGAGCCAGCACAAAAGUCUCGUGGAGUGAGCAGAACUUUUAAUUGUUUGUAAAUAAAAUUAUAUAUAGCACACACACCCUCCAUGCACACAUUCCUAUGUUAAGAAUGUUUUAAGGUAAAGUGUAGCACUCAAAAGUUAGGAAAUGCCAGAAUUCAAGUUGCUUGUGCAACCUUAAUAUGCCCCUUUAUGAUUAUGUAAUAUGACAGUCUUUAAUUACAUUAAUUACUUUUUUCCUCCAUAGGACCCUUCCAUCCUGUCCCUCUGCACCUAGUCAUAUGCAUUUGAGUUUGACUGUUUCCUUUUCCUCCAUGCUGCCUAGGCAUCAGUCUCCCUGGCCUGAGUUCUGCUCAGCCUCUUGUUGGAGCAUGUGAAUUGUGGCUGGCACAGAACUCUGUGUGGGUAGAUCAGGCUCAGUACAGAUGGAAUGUUCAGGGAAUUUUUCUGCCAGCCACAACAAACUUCUGAGAUAUGUAAAUUUAUAAUUUCAGAGGCUUAUAACUCAGCCAAAUUUGGGUGAAAUUUCAGAGACAGAAAAAGGGCAUAGGGUGAGAGAACCCAGCUUCCUCCACCCACACACAUGCCCCUCUUCCAAAUGAUGACUCAGAGGUGAUACCUGUAUAAGUGUUUCAAGUUUUUUCCUACAAGAUGUGUUCCACAUAUCCAGCAAACUGGGUCACUUUUGAUGAUGAACCCCUCUUUCAAUCUCCUCAAAAAUCAGUGGAAAAUCGUAAUACCUGUAAAGCAAAUGGUCUUAAUCUCAAUCUUGCUAAUAUGCAUGAAUCUUCCAGUAGGUCAUCUUCUACAAGCAGCACUCCACUUUCUUCUCCUAUAGCUGACUUUUACUUAAAUCCUGGACCUCCUAGUAACUCUCCACUUUCUACACCUACCAAAGAGUAUUCAGGAAGUCCCUGUACCCCCAAAUCAGGAAUUCACAUUCUUUAUCCUAUUCCUGAAUUGUCAUCAAACAUUAACCUUCACCCACCACCUGGGACUUGUUCUUCCUUAGCUUUUCAGAAACUGAGCACUGCAGCUAAUGAUAAUCCACCUAAGAUUUUAUUCUCUAAACAAGCAACCCCAGGUGAAAUAAAUCCUACUUACCAAGAAAGCUGCAAUAAAUUAGAAGAUCAGUUGGAAUUGGAACGCUUCCAAUAUUUUCAGAAUGACUGUGCUUUUUCAACUCUAUUUGGGAAAGAGGGGUGUUCAACUAGCAUGUCUCCCUGUAAUGUUGACACACAAAGAAAGGAUAAAAAGCUUUGCAGAGGUAUUUGCCAUCCUAAAGAAAAAGACACUUGCCAUGAUCAGAAAAGUCUCAAUCAGAAUUCCUUCAGUUAUGUCUGUGAAAGGCUUGAACAUUUGCAAACUGAUACUUUGGGAAGCCUGUCUGCCUCCAGCAUACAUGCAUGGCAUAAUCUCUCUUCUUUCAUUCCACACAGUCUCUUCAGGAGCCAAAAAAAAGAUGGUUGGCCUAUCAUGCUAAGAAUUCCUGAGAAGAAGAAUAUGAUGUCAUCUCGGCAGUGGGGUCCUAUUUAUCUUAAAGUCCUACCUGGGGGCAUUUUACAAAUGUACUAUGAGAAGGGCCUUGAAAAACCUUUCAAAGAAUUCCAGCUCCAACCAUACUGUAAACUGUCAGAACCCAAGCUAGAGAACUGUAGUGUUUCAGGAAAAAUCCAUACUGUGAAGAUUGAAUAUGUGUCUUAUACAGAGAAAAGAAAAUUCCACCCCAAAGCAGAAGUGGUCCAUGAACCAGAGGUGGAGCAGAUGCUAAAGUUAGGAACCACGGAUUACAAUGACUUCACUGACUUCCUUGCAACAGUUGAGGAAGAGUUAAUGAAGCUUCCAGCCAUCUGUAAGCAAAAGAGAAAUUAUGAGGAACAAGAAAUUAUACUAGAAAUAGUGGAUAAGUUUUGGGGGAAAAUCACUAAAACAGAAGGAAAACUCGUAGAAAGUGCUGUCAUCACACACAUUUAUUGUAUGUGUUUUGUGAAUGGCAAUACUGAAUGCUUUUUUACUUUAAAUGAUCUAGAGCUUCAGAAAAGAGAUGAAUGUUAUUUUGACAAGGACCUGGAGAAGAAAUGGAUUGAUAUUCUUGACUACCAUUUCCAUAAGUGUGUCAAAACACAUGAGUUUGAGCAAUCUAGAAUUAUUAAGUUUAUACCCCUGGAUGCCUGUAGAUUAGAACUGAUGCGUUUCAAGACACUGUAUAAUGGGCAAGACCUUCCAUUUUCUUUAAAGGCUGCAGUAGUUGUUCAAGGAGCAUACAUUGAACUUCAGGCUUUUAUAAACAUGUCUUCUACUUCUCUGAUUCCAGCACGUUUGCAUUCCAUGAAAUACUGUGAAAAUGUCAUGAUACGCUUUCCAGUUCCUGCACAGUGGAUCAAAGCACUUUGGACAAUGAAUCUCCAAAGACAGAAGUCCCUAAAAGCAAAAAUGAACAGAAAAACAUGCCUUGGUUCUUUACAUGAAGUUGAAUCUGAUCCUGUAAUUCAGGUCUCAAUUGGAACAGCAAAAUAUGAAAGUGCCUAUAGGGCUGUAGUGUGGAAGAUAGACAGACUUCCGGAUAAAAACUCAAGCCCAUAUCAGCCACACAGUCUGUCUUACAAACUAGAACUUGGAUCAGACCAGGAAAUACCUUCUGACUGGUAUCCAUUUGCAACUGUACAGUUUGACAUGCUUGAUGCGUGUGCCUCGGGGACUGAAGUAAAAUCGCUGGGCAUAGAGUGUGAUGUUCAGCCCCAGAAACAUUUGAACCAGAAAACUUGCUACAACUGCCAGGUUGAAAUUGAAAAGAAGUGGAUCAGGCUUGAUGGAGAAGACCCAGAUAAGGCUAGCAACUGCCUAAUGCAGUAAAAGGAGACGAGGCACUGUAAUACAUGGUUACGUGUUCUUUAAAUAUGAAAACAAUGAAGGAAAAUGUUAGUGGGUAUUAAUUUCCAUAGUAAAUAUUUUUUAUUGUAAGAAAAAGUGCAAUGAUCUAAUGUAUAAUAAAUACAGUAGUUGAAAAUCCACUUUUCACAAUUUUUGUAAUGCUUCUGGGUCUGAUACUGCAAAUUGUUAGUCAUUUAAUUAGCCUUAAUUCAAAUGAGCAGCCCAGUAUGGGAUUACUGGUGUGAGUAAGCACUGAUUGUACAGUUAGAGGUUUGCAGGACUGAGUCCUUAGUGUACAGACUGUAAUAUAUGUCUCUGCAAAGUAUCUAUUACUUGUGAAUGGUCUCAUGCUCCAUGAUGAGAACUUAUAUCGCUAUUCUAAAAAAAUUAUCUUUUGGCCAUAUCGAUAUUUAACAAUAAAAACAUCCAAAAUGGCACAAACCAGGACCUGGGUAGUGUGCAGCAGGAUCAAUUGCAUAUUUGAGUGCAGUUUGUAAAUAUGCAGUUUGUAAAUCUCCAUGUUUUUGAA